UAAAAACGCAGUGGAACAGUGGAACUACUAUACUUCUAGUGCAUGAAUAUUAAGGGUGUCUUCAAUGAAGCGAGUAUAAAGAAAUCAAAUUUGCUUACACUAGCACGUUGAAAUGAUACGGAGUAUUGGUUCAGUCUGCGAAAUUCGAAUACUGCGUUAGAGAGGAGUGAAACCAUGGAUUGUCUUCAGCAAGCUGGUAUCAUGGAUAAAACAGUCGACAUAGACGAUGAGAUAACAAAAAAUAAAAGACAACGAUCAGAUAAAAUUUCAAAUCUUAUGGGACACUAUUUGCUGAAAGGAUGGAGGAUGCUGAAUGAAUCCUGUCCUAAAUGUGAGACAAUUCUUUUCCAGCAACCAAGCGGCCAGCAUUACUGCGUCGCUUGUAUAGAGGUUGACAUUGAUACUCCCAGCGCUAAAAAGCAGUCGAUCGACCACAGAAAAUCACCAGAAAUGUUUCAACAUCUUUCAUUGGAACUAUCGUCUCCUGAUAAAGAUAACGUUAUUGUUUCUGCGCUCUCAAAAACAAUUAAAAGAGCAUCAAAGCAAUGUACUGAAAGUCAGGUAGGACUGCCCACGAACAACGGGAUGUGCAAAGAAAACAGUAUGGUGAUUGCUCUACGCGAAAAAAUAAGUUGGUCUAUGUCACGGUUAACAGAAGCUACCUCACCUACCGAAAUUCGUCAGUGGUCUGACACACUUAAGUCUUUGUUCAGCUUAUGGGACGAAAUGGCUAAAUGCAGUUUUGAUUUUAAAAAGCUGCUUCCUAAAGAAAUAUAAAUUUUUAAAAUGAAAGUUUACCUUAUUGCAAUACCCAACAAACAGGGUUUUUUGACUACUGUUGGUAUUAUUUGAAUGCUCUAUAUGAAAUAUAUUUACAAUAUUUUCUAGGUGAUAGUUUUGUUUAAUUUGAUGAGUAGAGUGUCUCAUACGUCAUUCAUAUCAUAGAUGUGAUAUCCCGUCAUUCAGGAAAAGACAUAAGUACUGCACAGCAUUUCGUCUCGUCUUUAUUAAUGGCCACGAGAAACGGCUAGCUCUCUUUGACCGUUGGUAACUGGUAUAAUAUAGUGAGUAAUAUUGACGUUAGGAGUAGAGUAUCAGAGGAGGUGGGAAAGCUAAUCGAUGAGAUCGUGAAACUGUAUCG